GUCAGGAAAUCAGGCAAUACUAGUGGGGGUUUGUUCAUUGAGACAUGCGGCACUGUUAUGUUUAAAUCGACUUGCUUGACAACGAGACUCGGGGCUUUAACGACAGCAAAUCAUAUGGUUCAGUUGUACAAUUCUCGUUUACAAUGUGAAAAUGGCGACUCUGGCAUACUAUCGAAAACCAGUGGAUUCAAUCCCUGCACCCCGAGUGGAGUAUGUUAACACAGACACACGGGUUGGGGACGAACUUGUUGUCCCAGGGUUGCAAAGAGAUCUCCAGGCGUUCUAUGACAAGACUGAUUCGGAGGCUGACCGAGCCAAAGCUUUAGAACUGUUGGCGUCAUUACAACUAGGCCCAUCCUCCGCUCCCCCAUCCCUGCGACCAGCCACCGCCCUCCCGGCGUACGACUCAGAUGAUGAAAUCGAAAACGAAGGUAGGAAAGAAAGCUAUUAUACGAUGAAUCCCUACCAGACUACGUAUUCCAGGGACUAUCCCGUGAAGGAACCCAAGGAAACAACAGCCCACAGGCCGCAGAGUUCGCAAGGGUUUACAGCCUCACACCCCCUCGAAGGCCCCAUUGGUGACACACACUACACUGAGGAGUUUCAUGAAAAGCCCAACAGACCUGCCACUCCCAUCAGGAGUGGAACAGCCUCGGGGUCUCGGAGUAACAAACCACACCCAUUAGAAUCUUUUCUAGUCUGGAAAUUUCCGUCCAAGGCGAAAGCGGAACAGGACCCCAGUCCGUGGUCCGAGCAGCUAACGGACGAUAUGAUUGGACAGGUCCACAAACGUCUGUGUCAGUCCACGUACCAGAAUGACUACUUAGGAAUACCACAAGGCUUUCAGGUAAAAAGUGCUUACACCCUGCCCCCUGACUGGAAAGCUAACGUGCCGUACACCUUGGAUAGUGUGACCCGGUACUCCUACCAGAAACCCAACCCCCAGGAGGAACUCCAAGUUCCCAUCAACAGAUACGGGAGCAACAGGAAGAAACCGGUGGCUGCCACCGGCACAAUUCCCACCGCCUCCUCCCGCUUUUAUCAUAUAAAGGGGCGGACAACCUACGACCGUCACUACAACGACAACGCUGACAAUGUCGUCACACAAAUCAGAGAGGUCGGUCAAAAACUGGGACAGGAAGCUUUACAGAAAUACCUGGAAAAGACUGAAGGUCAAGAAAAGGACACGAUAAGCCGACUUCUGAACGCGUAUCACAGGGCAGACGGGGUCACACCCCGUCCCCCUGCACGCAUGACUGUGCGGUCAGAAGUCCCACCCGUUAGCACACCUUCCUCAUUUGCAAGCAAAAACUAUCCUCGCACCCCCAAUUCCGCGCGCUCGGACACUAAACCACCAGCACAUCCACUGUACAAAAAGCACGUGCAAGUAAACAGACCUCGAGGAAAGUACCCGGAUCUAAGACAUCCGUCACGAUCUCCUUCAGCACAGUCAGCAACUCCAGUGACGUCAUUCAAAUAUACCCAACGAGAGCCUACCUCAGCCAAUGGCAUUAAAACACCGCCCCAAUUGACGGACUUUGAUAUCGAUGUUGCCUUACAUGCGCUGCAGCACCCAGACACACCUAAAUCCUUACCCCUCAACUGUUAUUCACCAGGAUACAAUCUGAAUUAGAUGUCACUUUGCACUAUGGAAUCUUUCAUUUGUUUUUUUUUAAAAAACACUCAUGAGGAGCAAUCUAAUCUAUUUCAAUGUCAUUUUAUUCAGAAAUUGAUUUUCAUCGUGCUUUUUAUUGUUUGUUUGUUCAGCGCUAUGGCAUUUAGUAUGCAUGGAUGAUACUGCAGAACUUGAGCUCUCCGGGGUGGGGGUAUCAAUGUUUUCCUCAGAGAACAAAAGUUCUGCACAGCUAGCAUGCAUGCAGUUGCGAGUACACAAGCUUCGCACGCAGUGUUGGUGCCAAUUAUUUUCUAUCUGUGAUAUGUAAAUUAUAUGAAAAUUACGUUCACUGUAAAGGAAAUUUAUAUCAAAUAAAUGAUGAUUAUUGUUAUAUCAAGAAUAUCUCCAUUCUUCUGCUGAUAACUCGUCAUCUAAGAUACAAGGAAAAAUGGUAAAGGGUACAAAUGAUUUUAUGUAAUACAAUAUUUUACAGAGAAAAGUAAGAACGUCAUUUCCAACGUUCCCCGCCUAGAGAGAACCCGAACAUCGUUUCCUCGGCUUCGGAAUACAUCGUCACUAAACCGUGUGACCACGUGGUCUGGACCAGAUCAUGUACCUGCUUAGUUUAUUCCAGAUUAUCACUACCUUCUAUUUCUGAUCCAAUGAGAAGGUACAUUUCGUGCUGGAAUAAAGCAGAUUGGGACUAUGAUAUGGUCCAUAUUUAUCCAGUUUUGCAUUUGAGGGGAAAUCACUAGUCCUCAUUGUACAAUAAAGUUCAAAUCGUAUAUUGAUAUUUUACUAUACAUUAUUAAGUUUGAUAGUAUGUAUUUUUGACUUGAUGUAUAAAAAAAAAACCAAGAAAAAAAAAAACAACUGGAGAAAUAUUUUCAGUAUUAAAGUCUUAUUGCUCAGUUGGUGGGAGACUCAUACAUUAUUGUGGUUCUAUGUAAUAGGUAAUUAGUCAAAACGAACUUGUACGCAAAUCACAUAAAUAAAAUCGUUAUGAACGAGAA